AUGGAGCUUGUCUAUGAGUCAGUUAAUGAGUUCUUAUUGGCCAUAACAUCCUACCUAUCAGCUCAAACAAUAUCAAAUAGAAAGCAACAACCAUCACUAGAGGCGUCUAAAGAGAAAUACAGAGAAGCCAUGAAGUCCUUACAGGAUGAUCUACUGCCCAUUAGAGCUCAUGGUAUGGGAAUUCUUAAAGAUAUGGCUUUAGCAAAGGACCCUCUAGUGUCUUCGGGCGAAGGAUUGAGCCAACUGUUGGAUAUAUUUGUUCGAUUAAUACAAGAUGAAGACAGUUAUAUAUACUUGAAUGCUGUAAAAGGUCUGUCGGCCAUGACGGAUGCUUACGGCAAUGACAUAAUCAAAAAGCUCGGUGACAUCUAUAAGGAUAAGAAUCAAAAGUUAGACAAUAGAUUAAGGAUUGGCGAAGCAUUACUACAGACUGUUCAGAGGUGUGGUGAUGCGCUCGGAAAAUAUAGUAAUACGAAUGAGACUUUUAUUACACUUUGCUCAUUAACCUUAUAUAGUCGAUACACUCUUUAG